AUGUUACUCGAGAAAAAUCCCAAACAGGUCGGCAAAACAAGAUCGAAAGCCAGCGCGAAGUCAUCUCCACGGGCUCGUAUCCCUAGACAGCGUAGCGUGCCUCCCAAGGAGACCACGCCGGUUGAAGACACUGCAUCCGAGAAAGGGCCCGUUCACUACGAUUGGAGAAAAUACAGUGAUAAGACCGGCAUGCCGCUCCCUUCGGGCGACCUAGUCGCUCUCGACAUCACCAAGAUAUUUGGCGAAGAAAUGGGACCCGGACUUGGAAACCGAAUCCUACGGAUACUACAGUGGCGACGCGAGAGCGGGUCUCUCGGUGAUUUUGGCAUUAGCCUUACCGGCGACACAGACGUCACCCAGGAGCAGUGUCUCAGAGGACUCGAGUGGCUACGCGCAAACUUUCCCGUCGAUGAAGAAGCAGCGGCGGAAGCUUGGCGAGAAAGAGAGCUGGAGAGGCUGUAUCAGGUCAUGGAGAAAGACUCCCAGAGGCUAGGGUUCUACAAGCGGGACGAUGCCCUGGAUGGUGUCGAUCUAGGGCAGCCACAGCAAGGAACAGAGUUUGGGCAACGGUAUGCGAGAAGCGAGCUUGCCGCUAUAAGGGAGGAGAACGAGCGGAGGUGGGAGGAGAAGCAAAAGGAGCUGGAAGAGCUGGAACAGAGGCAGAGAGAGCAGCGACCACCAAGAGAGGGUCAGGAAGAACCGGACGUGGUAGUUCAGGCGCGGGAGCGGUUGUCUCGACGCACGGGAUUGGUUCUUUCAGCAGACCGGAGCGCGGAUUACAUCGAGCAGGGGAGGCAAGCGCGUGAAAAGUACAACAAAUACUGGGAAGAAAAGGCUCAAAUCAUCAAGGAUAAUGAAGCCCCUAACAUGAGUGCUUUCCAACGUCUAUGGCCAUCCGCCCUCGUCACUGCAGCCACCCUCGGCUUCUGCAUUCUCCUCGCGCAGACAUAUGAGCCUCCUACACAAUCCGGCCGCCUGUGGCCCAACACGCCGCCCGCUCUGUCAACGUGCGUCGGAAUCUUACUCGCCAACGUCGCCAUCUUCAUCCUCUGGCGCGUCCCCCCCGCAUGGCCAACGCUGAACCGCUAUUUCGCGCUCUGCCCUGGCUACCCCAUCGCGCUCAGCAAUGUGUUCAACACCUUCAGCCACCAGCAGCUGGGCCAUCUGGCGACGAACAUGGUGCUGUUCAUGGUCAUUGGGCCGAAGCUCCACGAAGAAAUCGGCCGCGGCAACUUCCUCGCCCUCUACCUCGCCGCCGGAACCCUCGGUUCCUUCGCCUCCCUAACCUACCACGUGCUCCUCCGGCGCUUCAUAACCUCCUCUUUGGGCGCCUCCGGCGCCGUCUACGGCAUCCUCGCCGCCUGGUGCCUGAUCCGCGCGGCUGACCACCUGCGCAUCCCCUUCACGGACCUCCAGAUCCCCCUGAGCAGCAAGCAGCUGCUGGGCGUGAUGCUUGCGCUCGAGCUGUUCAACAUGUGGACGGGCAAGGUCAAGGGGGUGGACCAUUUGGCGCAUUUGGGCGGGUAUGGGGCGGGGAUUGCGGGGGCGAGCUGGUUGAUGUGGAGGGCGAGUGAGAGGAGGAGGGUGGUGGAGGAGAAGAGGAGGAAGAUGGGGUUUUUGGAAAGGACGUUCAAUGUUCCGCCGAGUGCGGGUGAGAAGUAA